AUGGAUUUACAACGUGCCAGCGUCCCGACGCGCAACCAAUAUGACCGUGUACGCCAAAUACAGGUCGUGGGCAACUUCCACAAGGCAAUUUGGCUGCUCAGGCAUAAAACAACUGGCCAGCUUGCUGUGCGCAAAGAGUUCGAUCCUAAAGAUGUUGCAUCGGGCUUUGCUGCCCGCGAGAUAAGACAUCUCAUACGUCUAUCCAACUGCUACAACAUCUGCACCUACCGGGAGCAUGAGCUGGACUUAGCAACGGGAACUGGCGCACUUGUCAUGGAUGUUUACGCGUACGGUGAUCUAUGGGCUUUGCUCGAAAAGCAUGUCAGCCAGCGCAAAUCUUUCUCCGAGAGCUUCAUCUGGCACGUCUUCAGGUCGCUAGCCCGGGCUCUUCGACACAUGCAGCGAGGCGAUCCUCCGGUUCUGAGUAACACAUACGACUGGAUAAUACAUCGAGACAUAUAUCCCCGCAACAUCUUCCUCGGUCUUCCCGCCUCUCACGAACCCUCGUGGCCGAAAGUCGUUCUCGGAGACUUUGGCUCGAGCAUAUCGAGCACCGACCACUGGCAAACCAUUGAGCUGCGACAGCAACAAGACUUUAGUCCGCCGCCUUUCGAACCACCGAACAACAAAAGAAGUGACGUAUUCCAGCUGGCCUAG